AGAGAGAGUGAGAUUGUGUGAGACUAAGGAGCCAUGGGCGCGUGUGAGUGCAAACAACCAGGCAUUCCGGACUCCUACUGGAGCCUUGAAGGUUAUGGUAGAUAAAUGGGGUGGGGAUAUUCUGGAACAGGUACUUCUAUGGCAUAGAUAGGGUGGUUUUCCUUUGACAGGGACACUAAGUGUGACGCUGUUAGACGAGAUAAGACAGAGAUUGGUAGAGAAGGAAGGUAAACUAGGAAAAAAGGAUCAAACUGACUGGGUGAAAUUCAGGAAAUGGGAAAGGGAAGCUGACAAACGGAAGAAAAGACAGGACAUAUUUUGGGGAAAACCCUGUCAGAAUAUGGUAGUUCAGACUGAGGAAGGAGAAAAGAAGGGGAAAGAUGAAACAGUGAGAAGGAAUAGAAAGGAUGAUGAUGACAGAGACUGUCCCCCUCCCUACUGUACUCCUCAAACUCUCUACCCAGUGUUGCCGGACCUCUCUACCCAGUGUUGCCUCCUCCUCAGGCGCCUCCUGCUGAUCCGCUGGAUGCAAGACCACUACAACCUGCAGCCCCACCCCCUGUCUCUCCCAACACCAUGGUGAUUGAUCGUCUGGCACGGAGCCUGGCUGAAGUCCUGACAGGGUCUGGAGUGACUCCGGCCAGUCUCACGGGGUCCAGCAACAGCAACAGUGGGGACCACAAGGAGUCCCUCCAGGCAGAGGACAAACUGGAGCCUGGCAGACGGGGCCGCCGGCACAGACGACCCUGUACAAUCCAGGACAGGGACAGGAGGAGGAGUAUUGACAUGAUGAGAAGACAGGGACAGUUGUGCUAAAAUCCUCAGAGCAACAAGAGCAUUUGUUUUUAAAGUGUCACACCCUUCCGAGAGUAGAGCCAACAGUGGAGGCUUGCGUCAAUGGGUGAAAGCGGCUCUACCCCAGCCACUGGUGGGGAUCCUGCACAAACUGCAACCAGGUGACUGGGUGGUGGUGAAAGACCUGAGACGAACGCAUUGGAACCAGCAGAGGUGGACUGGACCAUACCAGGUGAUGCUGAUUACCCCCACUGCUGUUCGCGUAGCUGAGAGGUCUACUUGGAUCCACGCCAAUCACUGCAGGAAGGUGCCAUACUGCCCACCAGACCCUGAGGAUGGAGGACCAGAGACACCGGAAGUCACCGACUAGAUGGGAGGAUCAGGCCCAGACUCUACGCAUAAUGUUUCUUGCUCUGGUCUUGAGCCUUCUCAUUACAGUUGCCAUAUGGACAGUGACUCAAGGACAACCGGUCCUGGAAAGACAACAUGGUACGGACUCGACUGAUAACCAUUCAGUCCCACUGCGGGACCUAAAUAACAGCCACUCCAGCUCGAGCCAACGGCAGGCUCAGGACAGGAGUCCAGCAAACAAUAGCCGCUCCCAUAUCGAAAGAAGAAGAAGGUCAAUGCAUCCACUGGAUGAGCAUCACAGUAGGAAUCACGAGGGAAACACUUGGUGGUCACUGCUUAACUAUACAGUAAAGACUGAACUGAUGUUAGGAAAUACCUCCUGUUAUGUAUGUAGCUUGUUUCCACAUUCAGCGAUCUCCCCAUUCUUACAAUAUUCAGUAGAGGUCAGCAUUAAAGACACUCUAUGUGCACUAGAGGUGCUCUUGUCCAAUGAGAACACAGGGGGCCAACCUUCACUAGGUAGAACACUGAGGGAUAAAUGCAUUAAUGGUAAUUUGUCAUCAACAAAAGAUUUACGGGGGGGAUUUGAUUGUUCACAUUGGUGUAGUAGAAUCAUCUUAGAACCUAGAUCCCGUGUACCAGAACCUAUUCAAGUCCAACCCCGGCGAACCCCAUUUAGGACCUGUCAUUGUCACAAUCCAAGCAAUAUUUCCAUACCACAAUUGAAUGAAUCCUAUCUGGGAAUGUCAACAUGUGUCAAUUAUAGUGUUUUCCCAAUAGGAUGUAGCUGGAAGAAGGGAACAUGCAGCUCUGGAUACCCCAUUAGACUGAGGGUGGGACACACCAUUAUUGAUGCUGAAACUGACAAUCUUUCUCCUCAUCAAUUUGGCUCGGCAACAUUUACUGAUCAUUAUUGAAUGCUGUAUUUUUGGUAAACUAAACAACUCCCUUGUGGUAUGCAUAAAACGAAUUCCUCUAUUCCAAGCAGGUUAAGACUAAUUAAGAGGGACAUCUCGCAAUACAAUAAUGUCCCUAGUGACUCUCGACGAUCCUCGAAAUUGGAAAAGUUCUGGCGUGGUUUAAUCCCUUGGUAUGGGGCAUCGGAGAAUGCACAUGAGUUGGAUAGGCUAGGAUAUCAUUUGGAAUCCCUGGUAAAUUUGACCACUGCAGGGUUUUCUAUGAUAAGACCAGAAUUACAAGCCACUCAACUCAUGGCAACACAAAAUAGGGUGGCACUUGACAUGUUGCUAGCACAUGAAGGAGGGGUGUGUCAAAUUAUAGGAGAUCACUGUUGUACAUUUAUACCCCAGGGAGAUGACAAUUUGACUAUUGUAGUGGAACAUUUGAAAGAACUUAGGGGUGUUCUCGAAAGGGAACACCAGCCUGACAUCAACUGGAAUCCGUUAGGAUGGGUUCAGUCAGUGUUUGGUGCUUGGGCUGCGACAAUUUUCCACUGGUUCAUCUAUGGUCUAAUAUUACUGAUUGCUCUGUUGCUAAUUAUCAUUUGUGUGAAGAAAUUGUUUAAUAAAGUGGUUGAUGUUGUUCUUACUAUGCCCUUGCUUGCAAAUGAAGUAGGUGUAGAUGAGGAAUCUGAGAUUGCUGGGCAACAAUCAGGUGAACACAGUGAAAUAUUCUCACUGGACAUUGUAGAUAGAGAGGGUUCACUGUAUAUGAAUGAUUUCCCUGACCCAUUCCCUAUUCCUGACUAUAUCUCUGAUAGUGGGGAACCCAAUUCUAAGCAUGAGGACUUAGAAGGAUGACUGUCCUAUAGGUUGUAAUGAUGCCUGUGUUUAGACACUGGUUCUCUUGUAAUUUUGGGAGCAGUUAUAUGUUUUGUUAUUUUUAUUUUUUACUCAACAAAUGUAUUAUUCUGUAUGAUUAAACAGGUGCAAGUCUGUAUUAUGGUAUAAACAUUGUAAACUCAGUUUCUGAAGGGUGAAUACUUACAUUGAAGGGAUUUGAUUCUUUAUUAUCUUUCAAUUUUGAUUAUGGAUUUUUUAAUUGUAUUAUAUACUCUGCAACUACUGUUAGUAAGGUGCCAUGUUACUAUUCUGAUUCUUCAGAAGGGACUUAGUCCCUUGAGAGGGGCAUGUUGGGGAUUAAUCAGAAUUAGUUGGGUAACAUAGAUAAGAUGUUUUAUUUUCAUGAUAUGCUUAUGAGUUAUUUCUCAUAACAAUGUAUUUUGUUGUACUAUAGUGGUGGCAUUUGCAAUUAUCUGUUC